AUGAAACUGCUGUGUAUAUUCGCCGUGCUGCUUGCUAUUUCGUUAGGUAACGAAAUAGAAACGCAAGAACAUCAUGAUUUAACUGCAUUAGAAUCGGUACACGAGGACCCCAAACCUGUAGUUGUCAACGAACUACCCAGGAGGAAAAUAAAACGCCGAGUGAUCCGGCCACGCUACUACGGAGGCAACAAUUACAACACCCCACAGAACAACUACGAAAACCCACAGAACAACUACAACACACCCCAAAACAACUACAACAACCCCCAAAACAAUUACAACAACCCUCAAAACAAUUACAACACACCCCAGAACAAUUACAACACACCUCAGAACAAUUAUAACACUCCUGAAAACAAUCAAAACACGCCGCAAUACGGCUACCCCCAGAACAACAACAACUGGUCAAACAACCAAAAUUCGUGGGACAACUCACAGAACAACGGUUGGACGAAGCCUACCACGAGUCGACCAGUUCAAUCAACCUGGACCCAGGCACCUUCUACCACCACGACGAGUACCACACCAGUUUCGGUGAUCAAGAACGAACACACGAUUGGUGACAAUGGCAGCUACAAAUACGAAUACGAAUACGGAGAUGGCACUCACGUCAUGGAAGAGGGCUACGUACUAAACCCGAACACCGAGAAUGAAGUCGUAGUCAAGAAGGGAAUGUACUCUUUCGUCGGAGCCGAUGGCAAAGUGUACACAGUGGAAUAUUGGGCUGAUGAUACUGGUUACCACGCAACUGGUGCUCAUCUUCCCCAGCCUCAUCCAAUUCCACCAGCGAUUCAGCAAUCGAUUGACGAAAAUGCUCAAGCCGAGAAAAAUAAAGAACAGCAAACUGGAUAUCCUCAAGCUCAAGAACCGCCAAAGCCUAUUAAGCCACCAACUCAGAACAAACCAAGGCCACAACCUCAACCCAAGCCACAACCGAAACCACAACCACAACCUCAACCGAACCCUUACCCUCAAGAAUCUUACCCAAGCCAACAACCGUCUUAUCCUAGCCAGCAACCCACUUACCCCAGCCAACAACCCAGUUACCCCAGCCAACAGCCCAGUUACCCUAGCCAACAACCCAGUUACCCCAGCCAACAACCCAGUUACCCCAGCCAGCAACCGACCUACCCUAAUCAGCAACAGACUUACCCCAACCAGCAACAGACCUACCCAAAUCAGCAACAAGGUUACCCUCAAGAAGAACCAAGCUUCUACCCUCCACAGUCUUAUGGAAAAUAA